CGGGAGCGGCGCGGCCCGCGCCUGCCGCAGAAGAUGUCGGCGGGGCGGCGGCGGUGGUGGUGGUGGCGGUGGUGGUGGUGGUGGCUGCCGGCGCUGCUGUGGGGCGGCGCGGGGGGUUACGUGGUGGUGAGCUCGGUGUCCUGGCCGCUGCCCGAGGCCGGGGGGGUGGCGGCGGACGAGCUGCACAGCUCCUCCACCGAGGAGACCCUCCCCGCGCUGCUGGAGGAGGCGGGCGGCCUGUGGAAGCAGAGCUACCCGGCCUCGGCUUACCGGGAGGACGCGGCCUUGGGCCCCGGGCCGGCGGGGCGGCGGCCGGGGCAGGGUCCGGGGGCCGCCCCGUCCCGGAUGUUCUCGUACCGGCGGGAGGGCGGCGGGGCGCCGGGCCGCGCCGGCACCGCCCGCUUCCUCGCCCGCUACAACACCCGGGGCUUCCUGGCGACGCGGGCCGCGCGAGGCAAGAUCCAAGGUAUGCCCUAUGGGAACUGUUUACUUCUCAGUGAUGGUCCCGUCAAUAACAGCACUGGAAUCCCUUUCUUUUACGUGACGCCAAAGGACAACAGUGUGGCAGAUCUCCUGAAGAAUCCCGUGGCUUCUCUGACGCUGCCAGAGGCAGAUGGAAAUUUCUGCAGAAAAAAUGUAAUCGAUCCAGAGGAUCCAAGGUGCUCCAGGCUGACUCUCACGGGACAGAUGGUCACGGUGCCUCCAGAGGAAGUGGAAUUUGCCAAGCAAGCAAUCUUUUCCAGGCACCCGGUGGUAAGAAAGUGGCCUCGUAGCUAUGAGUGGUUCUUCAUGAAAAUGAACAUUGAACACAUUUGGCUUCAAAACUGGUAUGGAGAAGUUUCUGCCAUUGCAGUAGAAGAGUAUUUAAAAGCAGUCCCAAGUAAAGGGUGAUUAAGUGGGCUUCAAGACAGAGAGUUUCCUUUCCAAACACUUAAAAUUUCAUGCUGGGUGGUUACAAUGAGUAUUUUUUUUCCCAAAAGGCUUCAAAAUAUCCCCGUCUCACAUGGAGCAGAGUGAAAAUAAACCAACACAGACUUUAAAAUUAUAAAGGAGAGGUAAAUACUAGCCCUACACUGCAAUGUACAAACUUGUCACUUCAAACAGGCAGUGCAUCAUCUUAAAUGCUGCUUAAAAAUGCUUUGUGUCUGUUUGUUUUGACUUCCGUUGCUGUGCACCCACAGGGAAACACAGUAUGUGCUAAAUAUAAUGUUCUGAUUUACAGAAAAAGCAAAUUACCUACUCAAAACCCUCUAUGCAUUGUGGAGGUAUUAUUGCUGCUUGGUCUCCCUUGAUUUGUAAGUACUCUAAGAGAAACUUAAUAGCUGAAAAUUUAGAUAUUUAAGUUUUGAAAAAAUAUUUUGCUAAAGCUGUCCUCACUUGAUAACUUAUAUUUUCUACAUGUGCUUUUCCCUAAUCAGAUAAUCUGAUAUUUCGCUUAGAAAUUGAGGAGAAAUUCUCUCUUUUAGUAGAAAAAAUGCAAGCAUGCAAGCAUCUCAAACAACAUGGCUCCACUGUAACUUGUCUCUCACUGACACAAAGCUGGUUAAACACGUUAAGGGCCAAGAUCAAAUCAGCCCCACAAGGAUUAUCCUAAUACAAGUAUAAACAUUCUCAUAAGAAGAAUUUAAGUAAAUGUUCUCAGCUAGCCUUUUCCUGUUAUGAGACAGGAAAAGUAUUUUUAAUAGCCUCUAGUCCCACUGUUUUUGCAUCCCUUCUCCAGACACCGCUUUAUUCUUAACUCAAUUGUGCAACUGAUUUUUGUAAACCAUCACUAACUCAUCUGGGGGUGAAGCCAGUCCCUUAACUCUGUUUCCUCACCAACUUUUAAAGGGCUUGUUCCUGCAUUUAUUUUUUAAAGAAGCCUAAAGAUAGGUAGAUAUUUCAGGCCAUGAAAGACUCAUUUUCCUAGUGUGAAAGUGCAAACUCUGUUGCAAACACAUUAUGAAUAGGCAUCAUCUCAUGUGAUAACACCAGAAGUGUUCAAAGGUAUUUUAUUCACCUCCGUUUUUUUCUCUACAAGUCCUGGUAAACUUACUCUGCAGUUGCUCUGGGUAUCACAGUAAGAAAGUUCCCAUGGCUAACCAGCCAAGUCAUUACACAGUUUGGAAAUUAUACAGCUGUUCUCCCUGUUAGGCACUGUGGUGGGGUUUCUGGGCCUGUGGGGAGGGUCUGCCAGCAUCCCACGGAGGGGGGCACCUGAGCUCUGGACACCAGCCCGCACCAUGGCUGGGCUGAGAGAGAGCCCGGGUCCUCGGGGUGAGUGACCUGAGCUGGUGCAGGUUAAUCCCUGGGCAGAGCUCAGAGGCAGCUGGUGAGCUAUGACCAGCUGGAAGCCAAUUAAGUGUAGCUGAGCUUGUUUUGGUUCAGGCGGGGAGAGAGGGAGUCAUUCCUGGAGCGGAGCUGGGCACCGCGCUGGUUUAACUACCAGGGGCCACUUAGCCCUUGAGCGAGUUCGAGGCUCCAGGCAUCACUACCAUUCCUGAUAUUCUGGAAGAAUUGAAGACAAAUGUGGGGGAAAACUUCAUUUAGACACUUGUUAAGCAUUUUUUUUCCUCGUCUCAUUGCCAGACGCUCUGUUAGCAGUGCAGAUCUUUUGCAGAGGUAAUUACUCAAAAGGGGGAAGCGUCCUGCCUGAAUCUAUUCCCUUUAUUUUUUUUCUUGGCAGAUGAGCAGCAUUUUCCCAUUUGAGUUUGCCCACAAGUCUUGCACUGUGUAGUACUAAAGCAAAACGGCCCAUCCUGUACAGAUUUAUAGAAUACCAUCAUGUGAAAUCCUCCUCGAUUCCUGUAAUUUUGCCGUGGAGAUCUUUGUCCACUAUGGAUUUGAUACUUUGCCCCUUAGCAUUAAUGGGACUUUUAAAACAGAGUCCAACAGGCAGAGUACUAGACCCUGUAAGGGAAUUUCCACAGGUCUCACAUUUCUGUGCAACUUUAAUUACAUGUUUCAUUAUCCCAGUUCCUUACUAUUCCCAGAGAAACCUGAACUGCCUAUUCUCUCCCCCGCCCCUAAACACACACAUACACACAGAUUAAGCAAACUCAGUGUACAAGCUUAAUGUUUAAACAAGAUGAAGAAGAGAAGAAGAAUUUUAGAAAUGCUGCUGUUACUAUACUCUCAAUUUCACUUACAUCCUUAGGCAGCCUGGCAACAGUGACGUGGUCCUAUGUCCUAUCCGUUAACUUAUUAACACUCAUGCCUUAAAGCAGUAAGGGAUUGUAUCGAUGAUGUCCAGUAAAGCUUUAACUGUUUAAGAAGUAAGGCUGCAAUAGGAAAGGUUUUGAAUUAACAAUAUCCUACUUGCUAUAGGCUGUUCCCCUGCACACCUAGAUUAAUUGGAGUAGGUUCUGUAUUGUAAAUUGUCACGUUCGUCAAGAAGCUUUUCUGUAUGGACCUGCUGUGAAGCUCUUGACAGAACCUCAAAACACGAAACAGCGGUGGCAUGUACAGUGACAAAAGGGGCUUCCUGAAGAAAUGCCGUCUUAAAUCACCUGUUCUCAUUUCACGCUUCCUUCUCCAAGGAAUAGCUACCAUAAAAGUCCCUGAAAGUCUGUAGAAAUUCAUCAAAAAUAUGACCUGCGGGUUUUGGAUGGAAUUUUCUGGACCAGAAAAAGUGGAGGACACGGUAGUUUGCUUAAUUGGGCUUUAUGUUAUUAUUUAUAUACUGGUUCCAAUUUUUCUUUAAACUGAUAAGUGUCUCAAGUGAUAUUGAUCAUCAUGUGGUAAGUGAUGUUUGUUAAAGCUUUUAACCCAAAGAAUGUUAUUGAGAUAUCAUCAUAAAAUCAUAGUUCCUUGAGACUGUAAAGGGACUGGUCUUGCUUCAGUUCGAGUCAAUAGCAGAACUCCUAUUUAUUUGGUGUGUUUUAAUUAUUAUAACAAAUAAACAGUUUUAUAAAAGGUCUUGAUAAGCACUUAGGAAUUUAUUAAGCAUUUCCACUAGCUGAUGUGUAAUUUAUUUCCACAUGUUCUGUAUCUGAGUUAUUUCUGUAGCUUCCCCCCAAAAGCUUGUUGUGCAAUGUGUGUUAUUUAAGACUUUAACUGUGGUUUUGCAAUAUUUAAGAGAUGCAUUUAGUUAUGUCUGUUUACUUGCUGAAAAAAAAGGAAGACAAAGUUCUAAACUUGAGUUCUCACUUUUUGCUAAUUUGUGCAAACGUAUUGCGUGUACAGGAUUUAAGCACAGCUAGUUUGAACUGCUGUUCUUAUUUAACCAAAGAAGGUUCCACUUCUGAUGAAAUUCUCAUCACUUCAGUGGAUGAAAUGCAACCUGUCUCAUUUCUGGAUGUGUACUGCAAUUUGCAAUGUAUUUUGAUUUCUAAAGAUCCUGAAUGUUGUUAACAAAAUGCUUAUUAAGAAGAAAUACAAAUAAAACAAAUUUCAAAGUGGAAA